CCCACAGAAGCCACCCGGGAGCAUCGCCCCGCUUGCAGACGGAUCCCAAUUUUCAUCGGGCUCACCCAGUUCUGGGCCAAGCCCAAUUUCUCCAUAUUUUAGCGUUACUAGUAUUAGACGAGCUGUUAUAUUGUAUGUGCUUGGAACGAUCCCGUUUGGUUGCUUCUUAACGAUGCAGACGCUCCGUGCACACCAGGCGACAGGCGUAAGCCAGUCAGGACGUGUAGGUCGUGUUACCUGUGCACCAGUUCUAGCAUCUCGCGUUGCGGAGGCGGCCCAGCCCUCUUCGACGGUCGGCCGUCCUGCGAUGGAGGCCCCCACUGCCGCGGCCGGGCGCGCUGGCGACGCGUCUCCUGCUUCUUCAACCAUGUUUGGGAGAAUGCCCUCGGGUGUCGUGGAUCACCGGUUGGUGGCCUCGCCCGGCAGCGUCCUUACAUCAUCCCUAAUCGCAAAGGCCGCGAACAAGUCCAUGGAGGAGCUAUCCAAUCCCGCCUACAGCGCCGCAAAGGCCGCCUAUCAGGGUGUGCCGGGUGCCUACAGCGAGGUGGCCGCGCGCAAGGCCUGCCCCGACUUCGACCCGCUGCCCUGCGACCAGUUCGAGGUGGCGUUCCAGGCUCUGAGCCAGUGGAUGGCGGAGCGCGCGGUGCUGCCCAUUGAGAACAGCCUGGGCGGCUCCAUCCACGCCGUGUACGACCUACUCAUCAGGUACCGGCUCCACAUCAUUGGUGAGACCUCCCUGGCCAUCAACCACUGCCUGGUGGCGCUGCCCGGCACCGCCAAGGGCGACCUGAAGCGGGUCAUGAGCCACCCGCAGGCUCUGGCCCAGUGCGACGGCUACCUUCGGCGCAUGGCGGUGGUGAAGGAGGCGGUGGACGACACGGCCGGCGCGGCGCAGAUUGUGGCGCGGCAGGGGCUGCAGGGCGUGGGCGCCAUCUGCUCCCGCCGCGCCGCCGAGCUGUACGGGCUGGACGUGCUGGAGGAGGGCAUCCAGGACGUCAAGGACAACGUCACGCGCUUCAUCGUGCUCAGCCGCGACCCGCUGGUCACCAGCGAGAGCGACCCGCGCACCUACAAGACCUCCAUCGUGUUCUCGCUACAGCCCGGACCCGGACAGCUGUUCAAGGCGCUGUCGGUGUUCGCGCUGCGCGACAUCGACCUGGCCAAGGUGGAGUCGCGGCCAAUGCGAACCAACCCCAUCGUGCAGAUCCCGUCACAGGACGGCACCAGCUUCACGCGCCAGAACUUCAACUACAUGUUCUACGUGGACUUCGUGGGCAGCCUGCAGGAGGUGCGCUGCCAGAACGCGCUGAGGCACCUGCAGGAGACGGCCCCCUUCCUGCGCGUGCUGGGCUCCUACCCCAUGGACACGGAGCUGGGCACCAUGAGCUCCGACGACCCCGGCAUGAUGCAGAACAUGUCGCGAUACAACUGAUGUACUGACUUGCUUGGGUGAUUGGGGUCUCUCUUGGGAACUGAGGGCCUAUGAGGGCAGGGCAGAGAAGAGGACAGCUGACUCGGUGAUGGGAAUUAUGACUGGCGUAGUGGUGUGGCGUGUGCAUGAUGGUUAGUGGGACCUAGGGUGGGGGCUGGGGUGGGGGCUGGGGUGGGACUGGGGGUUGGCUAGGCGGGCGGGGACAUGAAGGCAGAGGUGCGGGCUUGCAGCGACAGCCUGUGGGUGCUUGGAGCGCCGGGAUGGCAGCAGGGCCGGCCGGGGCGGUGGGGCAGGUGGAGAAGUGCAAACGUAGGAAGGCGUAGGACAGCUUGCGUGCAUGCGGGCGUCAGGACUCGGCAUAUCGGCCGCCGCGCCGAGGGGAACCUCCGGUUUUGGAAGCGGGGGGAACGUUUGGAGGUGGUGGUGGCAGCGCGUGCGUGUGUCUCGGAUGCGCGCGAGUGUGUCUUUCGGGAUUCGGACAGCGCAGAGUGCAGUGGAUUGCGGACUGGGCACUGGUGUAAGCAAAGCAUUGG